ACUCCUGACUAUUUCCUUCUGAUCUUUUGCUGUAAUAUUAAUCCUGUGGUGGGAGGGACUGCCCUGAGCAUAGUGACCUUCCCGUCUCUCUGAGCAGCACUGAGCCAAACACAACAACCUUUUGUACAGGUUCUUGCAUAGGAACGAUACUCUCAUGGCUGCGGUCCAUUCAUCUGCAAGUGCCACAAAGGUGGCCAUUUUAACGAUUGACCGGAUACCAAGACCAGAACCCUAUGGACAACCCAACAGACAAAGCAACCCCAACUUCCACUUCCAGCAGAGGAAAAGGUUACGUCCCACACUCCUUAAACAAGCGUGCAAGGAUGAAGGAGCAGAAGUGUUAAGUUCCAGUCUGCAGAAAGAACUCUUGGUGAGGUCCCUCUGCCUGCCCAGCCAAGUACAACAUCAUUUUCCUCGUGAUUUGCAAUUACAAUCUGGAUCUUAUCCACAAAAUGUACCAAGGGAGAUGAGAGCUAAUUGGCAUAGCCAGUGUGAAGAAGUCCAUCAAUCCCAGCACGGAAGUUUAAAAAAAGCACGAAUGAAGCCUCUGCUGCCAGUGCAUUCCUAUAGUCAAACAAGGCAUUGGCACACCUGCCAGGGGAUGCUGCCAGAGCGAAUCCAGGCUAAUCCAGCUUUACAUGGCCUGACCAUGCUACAGCAGCACUUGUUUGGAGAACCAUUCAUUUACAUUCUAGGCUCGAGGACUGCAGAGACUCCACAUUAUACAUCCCUUGCUUCUCUCUCUGGGCCUCACAUGUAAAUAAAUUGAGAUGAAACACAAUAAUGAUACUUAUAAGGAUGCAAGAUAGGAUGCUCUGACUGUAGUCAUGGGGAGCUUGCUGAACUAUAGCUGCAAGAUUUUUGUAGUACAUAUAAAUAUCCUGUAGUUUAUUAUAUAAGGAAUGCAAUGCAAUCCUGUAACAUGCAAAGGAAAAAAAAUGCUCAAUCCUAUCUAACAGCCCUUAAAAAAUAAAAGUUUAGAUCUAUGCUGGGGCAUAAUGGUGGUUGAUUGGAGCAUGGCCUAAGAUGCUGAGAUACCAGCACACAGAAUAGCUGAACCAUGGGGUAAAACCCUAGUAUUUAUUGUCAGACAUUCUCCGUUUGACAGGGGUGCUGCAUAACAUUACAGAACCCAUUACAUAACCACUCAAAAUGAAUCAAUUAAUGAAUCCAACUGUAGUCAAAUUUAAAGUACAAAACAGAAAAAAAUGUUGAGAAAACUCAAAUGCGCAUAAUGGAAAUCGCACAAGUUUCCUCUCGAGGCAACUUCCGCCGCGUAUGCCAUCCCACCGGCGAUUUACAUUUUCGCCAGUGGGAUGCCAAUCUGGGGAGAUUAGUCGCCCGUGAACAGGGAGUUUUUUAGAGCCCUAAAAGGCAAUGUCAACUACAAAUAAUUUCAGUAAAAGCAACCUCAACUAUGGCCAUACCCAAUACUAAAUCUGGCCCUUACAAUAUAACUUCGGUUAUGUUUUACCUUACCCCAGGGCAGAAACAAUUUACCUUUACUAAAACUAAAAAAAGCAAAUUAGGCAUAUCAUAAAUAACACAACAGGCUAUAGUCUUCAUUAAGACCGUUAGGUUCUUGUGGUUGCAACAACCAAGAAGUACCAUUCACAUUGAAAUUAUUUGCAUUAAUCCUCCCCCUCUCCCUGGUGUAACUUUCUCCACUAUUUGUCAGCUCAGCUGUGAUACCUUGUGAUUUUUCCAAAAAAUGUUUAGCUAACAAUGUUUCCUUUUUCUUUAUCGUCAUUUGCCACCUUUUCUGGAAAAAAAUGCCUUUCCUUGGCCUUGCUAUACUUGUAUGUAUUUUUUUUCCACUAUUAAUGACAUUAGCAUUAAACAUAAUUUUUACUAGCCAGGCUGGUAAUAUACUGGCCAGAGCCAACCCUAA